AUGAGCAAUCAGUGCAAGGCCGACAUCAAGACUUGCGAGGACCGCGUCUCGGGUGAAAUCACGGAGCUUGUCCGUGACCCGGCCAAGGAUUGUACGUUCCCGCCUUGUCCGCCCAACUCGGACCCAGUCCGCAGUGGUGAGGCUGGAAGCAGUCCUGCUAUGAACAGCGGCGCGCCUGCGACCUCGAUGUCAACACGGCAAACAGCGCCACAAGGUCCGCUGGGUGCGCAGGCAACAACACCGUCGCCUACCCAGCAAGCUACGCUUCUGCCUAUUGUCACCGAGCCAUUGACUCCGCCCACUAUCGAGCAACAAGCAACCCAGGCGCCGACGCAGCCUUCGACGCAGGCACCAACCCAAGCCCCGACGCAAGCACCAACCCAAGCCCCGACGCAGGCAUCUACCCAAGCCCCGACGCAGGCAUCUACCCAAGCCCCGACGCAGGCACCUACCCAAGCCCCGACGCAGGCACCUACCCAAGCCCCGACGCAAGCACCAACCCAAGCCCCGACGCAAGAAUCUACCCAAGCCCCGACGCAGGCGCCGACGCAGCCUUCGACGCAAGCACCGAAGCAAGCCUCGACACAACCACCAACGCAACCCCCGACGCAAGCCCCGACGCAAGCUUCGGCGCCAAUUGUACCACUACCGCAAGUUGUUGCCACGCAGGCUCCCGUGACGGCUACACCUGGUGUCUGGUUGAACAUUGACAAGGAGCACCCCGCGGCUUUGGACGCUGCCGUGAUGGCGGCGUUUGGGAACUACAACGUCUCGAGCGUUUGCGAUGCGUUCGCGAUUCAAGUCUCCUCGUACGAGCAGAUGCAAACGUCGUACAGCGUCGUGGCCUCGGUUGCUUGUGAUUUGGCAUCCGAGAGCCAAGUCGCAGGCAAGUACGUGCUGCAUUUCGAGGAAGCGCCGCCGGGGGCCUUUACGCUCACCAUGUGCGGCCACGAAGCCGACAACCUGCUUUUCAACUGGAUUGGCGUCGUGAACGGUAACACCGUGUGCCAGACGCCGACCGAGAAGAACGCGUUUGCGGUCCAGGCCGUCGAGCACGUCGCCCACAAUGCGUCAACGUCGGCACUAUCGGACCCGGUGCAGUACCUCCAGUCGCUCGAUACGCCGGGGCGCGCGGUGGUCGGAAGCGUUGCAGCGCUCGUCGUCGUCGUUCUCGUGUUGGUGCUUGUCAAGGUCGUGCGCUCGCGGCGGACGAGAUACGAAGCGGCGUCCGUCGAGUCCAACACGCCGAUGCGCCGUCGCCGCGCGUCGACCACCGAAGAGGGCAAAGAGGAAGAGCUAACAGAGACAGCGAGUACGCGCUCUGCGAUUGCCGAGAUCGAAGGUCUCAUGGAGCCGACGACAACGAUGAGUUUGCGUCCGAGCAUGAAACUCGACACGCCAAUGCACCCAACGCGCGCCAAAGACCACGAUGCUGUGUUCUCGAACGCCUGA